AUGUCUACUGAACGCAUUUUUAUUGUGGGUGGUACUGGUAACAUUGGUAUCAAGGCAGUCCGAGAUCUUUUGGCCAACAAUGUGCCUGUUACUUUAUAUGCUCGUAACCCUCAAAAGGUCCAUUCUAUCUUUACAGACAAGUCUGACUUGAUCCGUAUUGUCCAAGGGGACUACAGUGAUUUUUCUCCUCUCAAGAAGGGCAUUGAAGGCCAUACACGUCUGUUUCUAUUGAUCAAUGAUUUUGAGGGCUUUGUAGACUAUAAGCGUACCAUUGCUGAGUAUGGUUAUGCAGCCGGUGUCAAACAAAUCUUGGAUAUCUCUUCUUUAAGUGUCAAUGGUGGUUGGCGAACUUCCUUUAUUGGCACCAAUCACUAUUAUGCUGAAAAAGCCAUGUUUGAGAUACCAAACCGAGGUGCUUUAGUGACAUUACGUCCUGGUCGAUUCAUGUCCAACUUGUUCCAUAUGGCUCGUAUUGCCACGGAUGGGGCUGUCUUUGAUGAUGUUGCACCUGAAGCUACUCAAGAUUGGAUUUCUACAAACGAUAUUGGUGCUGUAGCUGCUGUUAUUUUACAAGACGAUAUUCAAAAGCAUGGUGAUAAUGUCUAUACUUUAAUAGGUGAUGUAGUCAAACCCAAGGAAAUUGCUGCUAUUUGUUCUCGUCUGCUUGGUCGUGAUAUUCCUUACAAGCAAGUGACAGCUGUUCAAAAGUUCCAUCAACUGGUUAAGAACCACGUACCUUUUGGUGUUGCCAUGGAUCUUGUAGACAAUGUGAAAGAAGAGGAAAGUGGAAGAAUCAAUGCUGUUAUUGAGAUUAUACUGGGUAGAAAACCAGAGACAUUGGAAGAAUAUCUCACUGCUAACAAAGAACAAUUCCAAUAA